AUCUAAGACUUCAAUUUUCUAACUCCUUUUCUAUCUAUGACACACACACCUUGCAUGUAUGGUUGUAUUCUUCUCCAACCAACAAAGGUUUUAGCCAUUUCUGCAACUGAGUUUUCUUUCAUAACUCCCUUCUGUGAUUUUCUGCAAAGAAAACUUUGUUCUCUUUUUCUCUUCCUUUCUUUGCAUUCUUUUCUUCUUCUUUCGCUGAAUAGUCCUAAGAAGCUAAAGGCAUAAACGCUAAGGAGGGAACUGUUUCAAAUGAUGUUAAUUUAGCUAGCCACUGUUCAAAUUCAAACCAAGCCAUAUUAAAAAGGUUUUGAGGUGAUUGACCAUAGGUUGUUGAGUUUAGAUGGAAAAUUCAUCCAACUUUGAUGAAAACUCUGAUGUGGGGUACCAACCUUCACAUUCUUCUGUGGAUCAAAAUGACCAUUCAAUCACUGAAACUGUUGGAUACUCCACAUUCAGUGGCGAUUCCUUUGCGUAUUGCAGGACUAACUCUGAGGUCUCAAACUUCUCUGAGCCUAUUGAUGACAAUAGCUUUAGAAGUGAACAUUCACCUUCUCUAUGGACACCUGUGAAACAUGGAGCAAGUCAAGCUGUUCUUUCAAGGUUAGGAAUGAAGCAACCCAGGAACUCAAUGGAUGAUAAAUCUGAGGAUCUUGAUCUCUUGGAGUCAGAGCUUGAUAUGAUGAGGGAAAGAUUUUCAAAGCUUCUAUUGGGGGAAGACAUGUCUGGUGGUGGGAAAGGUGUUUGCACUGCAGUUACAAUAUCAAAUUCAAUCACCAACCUCUAUGCAACUGUUUUUGGGCAAAAUUUAAAGUUGGAGCCUCUUAAUCCUGAGAAGAAGGCCAUGUGGAAAAGAGAAAUGAAUUGUCUCCUAUCUGUGUGUGAUUACAUAGUAGAAUUUGCCCCAACUGCACAAUAUUUAGAAGAUGGUACAAUUGUGGAGAUGAUGACAAGUAGACCAAGGUCAGAUAUUUAUAUCAACCUCCCAGCUCUUCAAAAGCUUGACACAAUGCUCAUAGAAAUAUUGGACAGUUUCCAUGACACUGAAUUUUGGUAUGCAGACCAAGGGAGCUUAUCAGGUAACUCAACUCGGUCACGUGCAGGCUCAUUUCGAAGGAUUGUUCAGAGGAAAGAUGAGAAAUGGUGGCUUCCAGUUCCUUGUGUUCAUCCUGGAGGCCUCUCUGAAAAGUCAACAAAACACUUGAGUGAGAAAAGAGACUGUGCUAAUCAGAUUCAUAAAGCAGCUAUGGCUAUAAAUAGCAGUGUUCUUGCAGAGAUGGACAUCCCAGAAACAUAUAUGGCAAAUCUUCCCAAGAGUGGAAGAACAAGUCUGGGGGACACAAUUUACCGCUAUAUGUAUUCUGCAGACAAGUUCUCACCAGAUUACCUUCUUGAUUGUCUCAAAAUAAGUUCUGAACAUGAAGCACUUGAGCUGGCAGACAAGGUUGAGUCUUCAAUGUUCACUUGGAGGAGAAAAGCUUGUCUGAGCCAUUCAAAAACAUCAUGGAACAAAGUUAAGGAUCUCAUGGCUGACACUGACCGAAGUGACAAAAACUACACUUUAGCUGAGAGAGCUGAAACCUUGUUGUUUUGCUUGAAGCAAAGAUAUCCUGAGCUCUCACAAACAUCCUUGGACACAUGCAAGAUUCAAUAUAACAGGGAUGUUGGAAAGGCAAUAUUAGAGAGCUACUCAAGAGUAUUAGAAGGCUUAGCAUUCAACAUUGUAGCUUGGAUUGAAGAUGUUCUUCAUGCAGAUAAAUCAGCAAGGAAAUAAAAUGUAUAGAAACAUUAACCACACUGUAGCCCCUUAACACUGGUGUUAUUUUCAUUCAGCAAUUUUUUGUAUACUAUAUGGCCUUAGGAGAAGUUAUGAUAAAUGUUAGUUGUUACUAGUUAACUGUGCUACAGGAAGAGUUUUCACAUUCAGCUGAAGGAUCAAGAGUAAUUUAUAUAAUCUUCUGUUCCAUAAAUAAAAGAAAAACAAUUUUAUAUUA